AUGUGCAUCAGCCAUGAAACCUGGUUCGUUACCACCAUCCUCGGUCGCAUUUAUAAUACAGCUGCAUCUAUUGAAAAUUCUUGCCAUGCUGCUCAUGUUACUACUCUAGGCCGCCAGGUUUGCUGGAAUAGCAAUAAUUACAAUUGCCUUGUGCUCAAUGUCGACGGGAGCUGUUUGGGAUCUCCUACUAGAGCUGGUUAUGGCGGAAUUAUAUGGAACUCUGCUGGUUUUUUUAUUACAGGUUUUGCGGGUUAUCUUUCAACAACCUCUGACAUAUUGUUUGCUAAGCUAUUUGCUAUGCAUCGUGGCCUCUUGUUGGCUGUGGAGAUAGGCAUUGAGGAAUUGGUUUGUUACUCCGACUCUAUGCUUACCGUUAAACUAGUUACGAAACAGGUUUCCGAAUACCACACCUAUGCUGUUUUAAUCCAAGACAUCAAAGACAUCAUAUCAACAAGAAACUUCACCAUUCACCAUUGUCUAAGAGAAGGGAACCAAUGUGCAGAUUUCUUUGCAAAGACAGGAGCUAGUUCUAAUGAAGAGUUUAUUUCCUAUGCUUCUCCACCAGAAGACCUCAUUCCUUUAAUCAGGAACGACGCCAUGGGAACUUAUUUCCCUAGGGCUUAG